GGCGGGGCGCGGCGCCGGCAGGUUUCUCGGCGUUCCGCGGCGGCGGCGGCAGCGGCGACGGCGACAUGGAGAGCGGGGCCUACGGCGCGGCCAAGGCGGGCGGCUCCUUCGACCUGCGGCGCUUCCUGACGCAGCCGCAGGUGGUGACGCGCGCCGUGUGCCUGGUCUUCGCCUUGAUUGUGUUCUCCUGCAUCUAUGGCGAGGGCUACAGCAACACCCACCAGUCUAAGCAGAUGUACUGCGUGUUUAACCACAACGAGGACGCCUGCCGCUACGGCAGUGCCAUCGGGGUGCUGGCCUUCCUGGCCUCAGCCUUCUUCUUGGUGGUCGAUGCGUAUUUCCCCCAGAUCAGCAGCGCCACUGACCGCAAGUACCUGGUCAUUGGUGACCUGCUCUUCUCAGCUCUCUGGACCUUCCUGUGGUUUGUUGGCUUCUGCUUCCUCACCAACCAGUGGGCGGUCACCAACCCAGCGGACGUGCUGGUGGGGGCCAGCUCCGCGAGGGCGGCCAUCACCUUCAGCUUCUUUUCCAUCUUCUCCUGGGUAGGUGGGCCAGGGGCCGGUUCUUGGGUAAAGGGUGGUGGAAGGUGGGGUCCCCUACCCACCUGUACCUGUGUGCUCCCCCUGCAGGGUGCACUGGCCUUCCUGGCCUACCAGCGCUACAAGGCUGGCGUAGAUGACUUCAUCCAGAACUACGUUGACCCUACCCCAGACCCCAGCACUGCCUAUGCCUCCUACCCAAGUGCAUCUGUGGACAACUACCAACAGCCACCCUUCACCCAGAAUGUGGAGAGCACCGAGGGCUACCAGCCGCCCCCUGUGUACUGAGGUGGCCUGGGUGGGCGGUGGGGUAGAGAGGGCCCUUCCCUCUGCCCUGAAUGUUCCCAAGAGCCUCCUGGACCUGCCAGCCCCUCUCCUUGGCGUGUCACGUCCUGUGCAGCUGACACACAGCUAAGGAACCUCCCUGCCUGGGGGGCUGGCAGAGCCACACCCCAAGUGCCUGCGCCCAGGGCUUCAGUCAGUCACUCAUUCCUCCAGGGCACUUUUAGGAAAGAGUUUUUAGCUAGUGUUUCUCCUUGCAUUUAAUGACCCCAGCCCCGCCUGGAGUGGCUAGAAGCCAGCAGGCACCCACAUGCUACUGACCAGUGCCUUAGCUUUCCCCCAGCCCAGGUCAGGCUGUGGGAGCCACUGUUAUCUGUGUUCUCUGCCAAAGACUCUUGGGGGGCCUUACACCUGCCCUGUGCAUCGGGGCUGGGCCAGGCUCCUGCGUCCUCACUCAGGUUUGCUCCCACUAUGCCCACUGCUGUAUGAUCUGGGGGCCAGCACCCUGGGCCAGUGGCCACUGGGCUGCCCCCCACGGUGUGGGGCAGGGCUAGUGCACACAGCACUUCCUCCUUGCUCCCACCCCUGGCAGCAGGGAAGGGCUUUGCCUGACAACACCCAGCUUUAUGUAAAUAUUCUGCAGUUGUUACUUAGGAAGCAUGGGGAGGGCAGGGGUGUCCCAUGCCCCAUGGCUCCCACUCUGUGCCGAAUGUAUUAUAAAGCCUUGGGGGCGACGCCCGGCCCUGGGAUGCUGUUUGGAGAAGGAAUAAAUGUUUUCUCAUUCAGU